AAUAUUUUUGUUUUGGUUCAACUAUUUACCAAUUUGUUAGUGAUUAAAAAACGCUUGUUAAUUAGUGUAAUUUCUUUUUAAUCAUGAGUUCUUUUUUGGAAAAUGAGGCCGAAGAAUCUGAUAAUGAUUAUGAUUCCGAUGAAGUGGCCCGACAUCCGCGAAAAAAACGUGCAAAACGAACCGAAGACUCUGAGGAAGAGGAAGAGGACGAUGAAGAAGCCCUGAGAGAUGAAAUGAAAGAUCUGAUCAAUGACGAAGAUGAGGAAGAAGAAGGCGAAUCAGAUGAUGAAGAAGGGGGUAAAAAGAGAAGAAGAGAUGAAGAGGAAUCGGAAGAAGAUUUAGAUGAUGAAGAUCUGGAUCUUCUUGAGGAAAAUUUAGGUGUCAAAUUGUCCCGUAAGAAGAAAUUUAAGCGUGUCCGUCGAUUGAUUGGCGAGGAGUCAGAAGAUGAAGGUGAAAAAGAUGAAAGAGCUGCCAUUGCAAAUGAACUAUUCGAUGAUGAAGAAGGUGAACAAAGAUCUAAAGGUGAUCGCCGACGACGAGCAGAUGAUGAUGAUGACAGAUACCAAGGUAUCUCAGGAUCAGAUGAUUCAGAUGAUGAAGGCAAUUUCAUCGUUGAUGAUAAUGAUGAACCAAUCAACAGACCAAGGAAAAAGAAAGGCUACCGAUACAAUGAUGAAGCCAUGCAACAAGCUCAGGAUGUUUUCGGUGUUGAAUUUGAUUUCGAUGAUUUGCAAAACUAUGGCGUUGAAGAUGAAUAUGAAGAUGAACAAGAGGACGAGUAUGAAGAAGAGGAAGAAGAGGAAGGUGGAUCACGAAUUAGAAAGAAAACUAAAGCUAAGAAAAAGUCUUCCCGUAAAUCAAUCUUUGAAGUAUACGAACCUGCCGAGCUUGAGAAAAGCUUUCUUCAAGAAAAAGAUAAAAAGAUUACCAAUGCCGAUCUACCUGAAAGAUUCCAAUUACGAUCAACACCAGUUACUACUGCUGAUGAUGCUGAGAUUGAAGAAGAAGCUGAUUGGAUCUAUUUAAAUGCAUUCUCUCAGCCUGCAAUUACCUCUCAAGUUUCAGAUGCAUCACAGAACAUUGGCCAGGAAAAACAACCGAUAGCUGGUAAAAAACCACCAACUGCAGUUCCGAAAAUUCGUGAAACUCUUAAAUUCAUUCGCAACCAAAGCCGGGAAGUUCCAUUUAUUCAAUUUUAUCGUAAAGAAUAUGUCCAACCAGAGUUAACCAAUGAAGAUUUAUGGACAAUUUACAAAUGGGAUGAAAAAUGGUGUCAAUUACAACAACGAAAGGUCAAUAUGAAGAAACUUUUAGCAGAUAUGCAAAAGUAUCAGGGUGAUUUAAUUAUGGCCGAUCCUGAUGCACCAUUACCAGAAGGAGCUAGAAUCAUCAGUAGCACUGAUAUUGAGCGAAUUGACUUGGUAAACAGUUUCGAUGAGCUCAGAGAUUGUUGGGUGCAAUUUCAACUCUACUAUGGGUCACUUUUUCCUGCUAUGAAACAAGCGAAAGUUGAAGCUGAGAAGAAGAAGCGAUUAGAAUCGCGACUUGAAAGUGGAGAAGAAGCUGAUCAAACAUUUGACGAAGAUGAUUUGAUAAAAGAUAAAAUGUCUUCUCUUAAAUUAAUACAGAGGAAAGAUUUCUAUCGAGUUUGUCAAGAAGCGGGAAUUUUGGGAAUGUCCUUGAGAUUUGGAUUAACGCCUGAACAAUUUGGUGAAAAUUUACGUGAUUCUUAUCAGAAAUAUGAAGUUGAACAAAUUCCAAUUGAACCAGAAGAAUUUGCUAUCGAUUAUGUUUGUUCAAGAUUCCCCGAUGUCGCUGCUGUUAUUAAAGGUUCUAAAUUUAUGGUUGCUCGUCAAUUGGCCUCUGAUCCGAUUGUUCGUAAAGUUGUUCGUCAAGUUUUCUUCGAAAGAGCGGUUGUCCAUGUUAGACCCACUAAGAAAGGAAUGAAAGAAAUCGAUGAAAAUCAUCCCUGUUUUACAUACAAAUAUUUACGUAAUAAACCCGUUGACCAAUUUGCUAAUGAGAAAUUUUUAAAUUUGAUGAUCGCUAAGCAAGAAGGUAAUGUGACUGUGAGAAUUACAAUGGACAAACAAAAUCCGAAGGCAAAGGAAGCAACAACUUCGACUUAUUUAGAUGAGAUUAAAGCUCUUUUUCAAAGAGACGAAUUCAGUAGCAAUGUACAAAAGUGGAACAAGUUAAGACUUGAAGCUCUCGAAACUGCUUUAGAAAAAUUCCUUUAUCCAGCUUUUGAAGCCGAACUCAUCAAUAAAAUACAAAAAGAAUCACAAGAAGGAGUGAUAAAGAAAUCCUGUCACAAGCUCUUCAACUGGUUAAAAGUUGGUCCUUACACUCCAAGUCACGAAGUAACUGAUGAUGAAGAUUUUGAUAUUCGUGAAGGUCUUCGAGUUCUUGGUUUCGCUUACGCUUCUCACGAAGAGAGUCCAAGUUUUGCUGCUUUGGUUGAUGGAGACGGAGAAGUGGUUGAACAUUUGAGAUUACCCAAUUUAAUGCUGAAACGUCACGGAUAUGCUUCGGAAAAAGAAAAAGAACUUCGAGAAAAAGAUAGAGAAAGAUUUAAGAAUUUCAUACUCGAAAGAAAACCUCAUGUUAUUUGUAUUGGAGCCAAAGAUUUGACAUGUAAAGAGUUGAUGGAAGAUUUAACCAAGAUGGCAGAAGAGCUAAGUAACGAAGAAAAUAUUCCCAAGAUUCCAAUUGAAGCGAUCGAUGAUGAAUUAUCUAUUGUUUACAUGAAUUCUAAACGAGCUGUCGCUGAAUUUCACGAUUUCCCACCAAUCCUUCGUCAAGCUGUUUCUUUAGCUCGAAGACUUCAAGAUCCAUUGGUUGAAUUUUCUCAACUUUGCACCGCCGAUGAGGAAAUUCUCUGCAUGAAGUAUCACACUUUACAAGAUCAUGUUCCUAAAGAUGAACUAUUGUUCAAUCUUCAGCUUGAAUUUAUUUACAGAGUCAACGAAGUAGGAGUUGAUAUUAACCGCACUCUUGUUCACAAUUAUACUUCUCAAUUACUUCAAUUUGUUUGUGGACUUGGACCAAGAAAAGCGGCUGCAUUGAUCCGAAAUCUAAAAAAAUCACCAACUCCUCUAUUGGAAACAAGAACACAGUUGAUGGUCAAUUGUGGAAUUGGAGAAAUAGUUUUCCAAAACUGUGCUGGUUUCAUUAAACUUGACACAGCUCAACUCAGUGACACUGGAACUGAAACUUAUAUUGAAGUAUUGGAUAGUACUCGAAUUCACCCGGAAGCAUAUGAUCUCGCUCGUAAAAUGGCAAUUGAUGCCUUAGAAUACGAUGAAACUAAUGAUCUUCCUUCAGCCGGUGCUCUAGAAGAAAUUAUGGAAAAUCCGGAAAAUCUGAAAGAUCUUGAUUUAGAUGCAUUUGCUGAGCAAUUAGCUAAAGAAGGAUGUGGUAACAAAAAGAUUACUCUCUACGAUAUUCGAGAAGAAUUGAACCAUCCGUACAGAGACAUGAGAGACUAUCGAUCUGCCACCAAAGAAGAAAUGUUCCAUCUUUUCACCAAAGAAUCGUAUGAAACUUUCUACGUCGGUAAACUCGUAAUGGGAACAGUUACCAAUGUAUACAGACGUAAACCCACCCCUGGUCAAACAGACGAAAACAAUCCGGUUCGUAACGAUGAUGGUCUUUGGAUGUGUCCAGUUUGUAAAAAGAGCGAUUUUCUUGAACUUAACGAAGUAUGGAACCAUUAUGAUGCUGAACUUUGUCCAGGUCAAGCGGUUGGAGUUCGAGUUAGACUUGACAAUGGUUUACUUGGAAUGGUUCCAAUCGAGAAAAUAAGUGACCAUGAAGUGAUUAAUCCCGAUGAACGAGUUAAACCAGGAAUGACUGUGCAUUGUAGGAUAAUGAGAAUUAAUGUUGAAAAUAGAUACCAUGUAGAUUUAACGUGUCGAACAUCAGAUCUUAACGAUAAAUCUUAUCAUUGGCGUUCUCCGAAAGAUUUGUUCUACGAUUUUGACGCUGAAGAUGAGGAUUACAAGGAAGAGGAAGAGAAAAAGAAAAAGAAAGCAGGAAAACAGAAUAUUUUCAAACGAAUUAUUGUUCAUCCCUCUUUCCAUAAUAUUGAUUUUAAACAAAGUGAACAAAUGUUAGAGUCUAUGCGUCAAGGAGAAGCGAUAUUCAGGCCAAGUUCUAAGGGUCCCGAUCAUCUUACACUUACUUGGAAAGUUGCUGAGGGCAUUUAUCAACAUAUAGCAAUUUUAGAAAAAAAUAAAGACAAUGCCUUCAGUUUGGGUCAUCAAUUAAUUAUCGACGGGGACGUUUAUGAAGAUCUUGAUGAAAUUAUGGCUCGAUACAUCACACCAAUGGCCAGUUUCGCACGAGAACUAACAUCAUUCCGACACUUUAAACCUCAUGUCAUGGGAAACAAACGGGAAGCCGAAAAAGUCCUUCUCGAGGAGAAGAAGAAACGAAACACAAUUGUUUAUAUUUUAUCUGCGAGUAAAGAAUAUCCUGGAAAAUUUUUACUCUCAUACCCCAACAAGGAUGGAAAGGUGAUUCAUGAAUGGCUUUCUAUCAAACCCAAUGGAUUUAAAUUCCGUGAAGGAAUUUACAGAAGAUUAAAAGAUGUAAUGAAAAUAUUCCAAGAAAGUUGGUUCAAGGGAGGAUCAACUCCCCUUCUCACUGCUCCUUCUCAAUUAUCUCAUCAACAAAUGACCUCUCCUGCGCUAGGAUUAAGAUUCGCAACUCCACAACAGCGGACUCCAGUCAUGGCCUCACCUUACCAUGUCGGCAAUGUACCUUCGAGUGCUGCUGCCGCAGCUGCGGCCUGGAAUAGAGCAUCAACCUCAAUGCCUCCUCCACGGUCAACACCUCAACAACGCACUCCAACCAGUUCCAUGCCUCCUCCAACUGAACCAUGGGCGAGAAUCAGUCAACCUGGGACACCCUCACACGCCACUCCAGGAGCUUCAUCUCAAAUGUCAAUUAGUCCUUCAUAUUCACCAGCAAACAAAGGCGAUGCUACUCCACUUCUAGAUGAAUGGGUCUAAGUUUGGAAAUUGUUUAUUAUAAAACAAAAGUUAAAAUCAAUUAAUCAAUUCAUCUCAACUCAUCUCAAAAAAAAAACAAAAAAAAACUUUAAUAAAAACAUCAAAUAACUUAAAAACCUACAAUCAUACAGAACAAUUAAGCAACUAAUUAUCAUUUCAUCGUCACAAUCAUAAAACAUGUCAAUAAAAAUAAUCAACUUUUGUAAAUAAUAACUUUUCAUUUUCAAAUAAUCGACAUAAAUAUUAACAAUUUAACUUUGAACUUUAA